AUGGUGAGGCUGUUUCCUAAACCUUAUCACUUUUUCAACGUAAUUGAAGGAGACUACCUCAAAAAACAACGUCAGCCUGAAUGUUCCAGUAAAGCCAAUCGACAGCUGGUCAAGAGGAAUCGGCCGUCGUCAUCUGGUGGAAUCGAGCUUCGAAUCUCUUCACGCAACACUUUCACUCGAAAUGGAAGUAAGCUCAACAAGCGAUUCCUUGAAACCUAA